CUCCCGCAUCCUCGCGGUGAUUGACAGCCGGUAGUCUACUACGGCUUUCGGAGCUAGCUAACUCACCUGCCCCCGCCUCCUGUGGCUGAUCGUUAACUGUGGAUUAAGAGAAAUAACUCCACUUCAUAGCCUACUUCAAGAGAGUGAGGACAGAGGAUGGAGUUUAAGACAGCUCGUCAUUCAGCAGCUAAGAGACCUGGAAUGGAUCUGUUGAUGCCUGUCUUGUGUUUUCUGGACACAAGUGUGCCACAGGAUAGGCAACAACGCCUUCUUAAGGCAACAUAGGAGGCCAGGGCAUGCCAGUCGUCAAAAACAUCCCAAACGUAUGACGACAGCAGGCUGAGGGAUCCCAAGACGGCUAUUGAGGAAAGUAAUAUAUAUCAGCAUAGGUGUCCAAGACGCACGACCAACAUACGGUCACAUGUCCAUGUGCACUAGAAUUCUUAUAUUGUUAUUUUAUAGUUAUAACAACACUUCCGAUGUCUUAAAUCUGCAGCUAAAAGGAGAUGCCAGAUAAUCACGGCAACUCCGACAGAGAAGCAGUUUUUUGGUCAGCUAAUUAUUACUUUUGGAAAGUACAAUGGCAAAAGCUUCAAGUGACUGGUGGAAAAAGAUGUAGGAUACAUUAAAUACAUCCUGGACUGCCAUAUCAAAGAGAGCCGUCAACCAGACAGGAAAGCUGGAAUCAAAGAUGAGUGGGUGAAGGAUUACCUGCUCAAAUACGUGCAGUUGUUUCCUCCAGUCUCCUGCCACCUGGAGAUCAACGUUGACCGGGCCAAUUAUGGCCAGGGCCGCUUCAGGUCCUUCACAUUCCAGGAAAUGUGGCAGUGGUACAGCCUUCACAAGCACCUCCAAGCUGACCCUCAGGCUGGGAGUGACCAUGAGAGGAAGAUGGCUCAGGAGGCUUUCUCCUCCGUUCGACAGUGGCAUGUCAUGAAGGAGGACGACAUCUCUUCAAAGUUGCUGAAGCGCUUCAGACUCUAUAUUGUCACCAAAGAGACAGAGAAACCUCAGCAGAAAGUGGCCCCUCCCGCAGCAACCACCACGUUGUCCGGCACUGCCACGUCAUCCAGCACCGCCACCAGCACUGCCACCAGCACUGCCACCAUGUCGUCCAGCACCACCACCAGCACUGCCACCAUGUCGUCCAGCACCACCACCAGCACUGCCACCAUGUCGUCCAGCACCACCACCAGCACCGCCACCACGUCGUCCAGCACCGCAACCGCGUUGUCCAGCACUGCCACGUCCAGCUCUUUGGGGUCCAAAGGUGAUGGCAGUUGGACCGAUGAUGCUCUGCUGGCUGAAGCUCUCGCCACUUUUGAAAGGCAAGGUAUGUCAGUUUUUGAUUUUCAUUUAUGGCUUGAAUUAAUGUAA